AGAGGUAAGGGGGAGUCUGAGAAGAAACCGACAGAGAGAGAAAAGAGUGAGUGGAAAGAGCGAGGGGAGAGACAGCGAUUGAGUGAGAGAGAGAGCGAGAGAGGGUGCUUAAGCAUGAGAGGAGAGGAGUGAGGAUGGAUCAAACGCGCACUAUCCUCGCAUGACAAUGAUGACGACCACUUUAUACUCCAAGACGUAAUAUUAUGUUUUCACUUCACGUUUCAGGAUAACGGUACACAACAACCGCAAACUUUAUGAAAUGCAGUGACUUGACGAGAAAGUAACGGUUCUCUUCACCAAAACGACAUCAAACUCUUCAAAUACAACGUAUAUUAAAACAAAUAUAUAUAUAUAGUGUUACUUUAAUCGUGCUUCACAACUCAUUUAUCGUGCUUCAUAACCCCCGCGUAACUUUUUUGGAUGGUUUUGGGACAGAUGACAGAGAGAUGACGGACUUAUUUUGAAAAACUGCUUAAUAUAUCUUUGAAUCCCAAAAUGGAAUCGUCGCUUAUGUACCUGUUUUUAUCGUUGACGUUACCUGGAGUCAUUUGGCGUGCGUCUUCGAAUCCCUCGCUGAACAAUCUCCAACCCGCUCUGAGCCAAUCCAGUUCAAAUGGGGGGAGAGUAGCGAGCAGGCACAGGAACUGGUGUGCUUACGUGGUGACACGCACCAUCAGCUGUGUAAUGGAGGACGGGGUGGAGACGUACGUGAAGCCAGACUACCAGAGAUGUUCCUGGGGACAGUGUUCCAGAGUGAUGGCGUAUCGUACAUACCGGAGGCCCAGGUACAAGGUGGCCUAUAAGAUGGUGACAGAGAUGGAGUGGAAGUGUUGUCAUGGUUACUCCGGCGACGACUGCUAUGAUGGUCCAACGUGGACCGGGGACAGCCAGGUCACAGCGGGACGACCUCACGAAACACAGACCGGAUACAACAAUGGAGCUGGGCAGAAGGGAGGAGAGGUUGACAAUGACAAGAUGAGACAGAUGGAGGAGACUAUUCAAAGGUUGACCAAGGACCUCCGUGACAUACAGUCCACCAUGACGGGCAUGAACCUGAGGCUCCAAGACGGAACGAGGAGGCCAGGCCUGAACGGAGACAGGACCCCUGCAGAUGCAGCCAAGCCCAUGAAAGAGACAAUCCACUACAUUCAGACCAAACUUGACCAACUGGACAAUCGCACGCAGGUCCACGACCAGACCCUGCUGUCCAUCAACAACCAUUUGGUCAAUGGUGACAGAGGUUCCCGCGGCAAUGAGCUAGACGGGGCUGUCACAGGCAAGAUGGACGCCAUGAAGGAGGAGAUCCUCCGCGAGCUGGAGAGGAGGGUCAGUCUGUCGUGCUCCUCCUGCCAGAGCGGGGUGGAGGACAUGAGGAAGCAGCAGAAGAUUGACCAGGAGAGGAUCAGUGCUCUGGAGAAGUUGCUGAGUUCCAUGGACCAACACUAUCGCCACAACAUGGACCAGGAGGGAGAUGGAACGUAGGACUGCUGCAACACCGUCACAGAGAUGGACCUGACCACCACGGGGUGUUUAACCUAUGAUGUCAUCAAAGAGCGCCUGGACAAGGAGCUGGGUGGUGGGUCGGGUGAAGGAGAAACAGGAGGGAACGAGACGGAGGAGAAGUUGAACAGUAGACUGAGGGAGGUGGAGAGGAGGCUGAACAACACAGUGAGGAAGACAGAGCAGAAGUUCACCAACACAGGAAACAACAUGAAGGACAACCUGAGAGAGGUCACCACCAUCCGUAACAUAGUCCUCAGCCACAUGGAUGACCACGGCUACAGGAUAGGCAAGGUGGAGCUGGACCUCACAGUCCUGACGGACACGGUUACCGACCACAGCCGACGACUGGGUCAACUGGAGAACAGAACAAACUUUAUCGACACCAAAUUGUCGAGGACAGUGGACAUGUGCUCCGAGACCUGCGGCCCCAACGGGAAGGGCCGUAAGACAGAAGACAUGGUCAAGACCCUGGAGUGGACAGUAGUGGCCAACAAGGAGGACAUUCAGAAGUUUGAUACCAGACUCAAGGACCUAUCGCUGACUGGCGACUCUAUAAUAGACAGAGUGGUGGAGCUCAGCAACGACGUUAAGAAGAUCAAAGGGUUGACGGGGGAGGACAGCGAGCGCUUCAAUCAGAUAGUCACGGAGGUGGAGACGCUGGGGCGGAGCGUGGACGACUGCUCCAUCUGUAGCACAGUAGAACGAGACCUGCAGUCGUUCACCAACAGCACCAACAGCGCCAUUGGGAGGUGCCAAAAGGAACUGACCAACCUGCGCAACAGGUUUGACUCUGAGGACUCUUCUUGUUCCCAGCUCUGCUCCAACCUGCAGGAGGAAGUGGAGAGGCUGAAGGAGGAAGUGGAGGAGUGUACAGGGAAGUGUAAGACCGGCCUGACGGACCUAAAGAAAAACCUGGACGGACAUACGACCCUCCACGGACGGCUGGGGACGGACCUGAAAUCCAUCCAGGGGGAACUAUCCAAGUUCACCAUCAGGUUUACUACCCUGAAUGACUCUGUGAAUGGGCUAGGGCAUACCGUCCAGAGGCAUGGCAACACCAUCACAGACCUGGGCUCUACCAAGGAUAACAUCAUGUCUGAGUUGGACCACGUGCAGACAGAGCUGGACGAGCACGUCAAGGACACCAGGGGGCGCUUCACUGACCUGGGUCGUGAGAUAAAGACCAUCACCAGUAAAUACGUGACGGAGAUUGGGGAGUGUUGGCGGUCCGGGGACGGGCUGGACAAGAGGCUGUCCAAGAUGGAGGACGUCUGUGGCCGGCUGGAUGGUGUCUCCAACAGCCUGGCCAAGAUCAAGGAGGGGCUGAACAGACACGUGUCAGGGCUGUGGAACUGUGUCAACACGCUCAACUCUACGGUCAUCUUCCACGACGAGUCCAUUGACAACAUCCAGCACGUCCAGCUUCCAGACGUUCACUCUGACAUCAACAGGCUCAACACCUCUGUCCUCAACGUCCUCGAGGAGUUCCACAGCUUUAAACAACAGGACUUUGUUGGUUCCCCUGGUCUGCCCGGUCCGAGAGGAGAGAGGGGCUAUUCUGGACUCCCCGGGCCAAAGGGACCCCAAGGAAGAGAAGGGCCCGAAGGCAAUCCUGGCAAAGAGGGGCCCCUGGGACCUCCAGGUCUGAGAGGUGAAGAAGGUCCAGCAGGAUCAGACUCCCACGUUCCUCGUCUGUCCUUCUCAGCAGCUCUGACCCGCCCUCAGGCCAGGGCUGGAACCAUAGUCUUCAACAAGAUCUUUGUCAACGAGAAGGAUGUCUAUAACCCAGGCACAGGUUACUUCACAGCCCCAGUGAGUGGUAGAUACUCCUUCAGCGCUACCCUGACAGGCCAUAAGAAUGUGAAGCUUGAGGCUGUCCUAUCUAAGUCCAACUACGGAGUGGCGCGCGGGGACUCUGCAGGCUACCAACCAGAGGGACUGGAGAAACCCAUGGCGGAGGCCAGACACACGCCCGGAGCCCUGGCUGUCUUCAACAUCAUCCUCCCUAUGGAGGUGGGAGAUACCGUCUGCAUCGACCUGGUCACCGGGAAACUGGCCCACUCCUCAGAACCCCUCACCAUCUUCAGCGGGAUGCUGCUGUAUGAGACCGUCUGAUUGGGCUAGACUGUCAGUGUGAGGCCUUCUGAUUGGCUGAUCUGAAGGAGAGGGAUGAGUCUAAUUGGUGCUUACAGAGACAAACAACAGUGUCUUGAGAUUAACAAUUGAAUCAAACCAGCAAGAGAAAUACCUUCAUGAAUGAAUCAAAUCAGCAAGAGAAAUACCUUCAUGAAUGAUAUAGAAGAAAGAAAAAUGUACUUUUGUCCAUCCAUUUGAUGAUUUGUUUUUGUGUUUCACAGCUUGUAGUAAACAGGAAUCUAACUGGGCACAGAUGUCCAUUCAAAGUCUAUUCCACAUUGGUUCCAUGUGAUUACAUUGGAACGCCGUGGAAACAACCGCUGUCCUCCCAGUGGGAUUAUACAUCCAUUUCUUUGACAUUCAUUUCCUUUUUCGAAAGAGAAGCCACUGCAGAGUUUUAUAUGUUAUAAUAUUUUAAUAGUUUGUUCAACACUAUCAACUUUAAUGUUUCCACUUAUUGUCAUAAGCUGGCCUUGAGGUCUCACACAUAUUCUUUAACGUCAAAGCAAACUAUAGUAUAUUUUUUGAAAGGAUCACAAAAUAAUGCAUUGUAUUUUUGUUCCAUGUAGACUGAUACGCCCACAAAUAUGACUGGGAUGGGUUUAUGUUCGACAAUCUGUUUAAUGCACACAUUCUAUGUCAAAGUGGUUAAGAACUAUUAAUGUAUACUCAGUCUAAAUUACUCACACUGUCUAUUUCACGGGUGCAAACAGAUUGAAGAGAAAUGCAACAAUAAGCACAUUUUCCUCUAGUAACAAAGCAAUUUCAGGGUGUGGGGAGCAGACCAGCAUCAAACAAAGUUACGCUGGUGCUCAUUCUGACUUUUGUUCUAGAACUCAAAAUAAAAAAAUAAAAUUUUGAGGAAAAUUCCAUUAAUUUGUUCUAGAACUCAAACAGAAAAAGAACAUUUGAGGAAAAUUCCAUGAAUUUGUUCUAGAACUCAAACAGAAAAAGAACAUUUGAGGAACAUUCCAUUAAUAUAUCCAAGGACUCAAGAGAAAGAUUUCUUCUCAGAAUCUCUAAUGUAGCCAUAAGGGUCAUAUAAACUUGGUGAAGGUCGAGGGUUCAACUGUAAAAUGUGUGUCCUCUCUGUUUCUCUGGCAACCAUAUUCAGAGCCACAGAUAACACUGAUGAGGAGGGUACACAUCCCUCUAUCCCUCCAUGAAUUUAAACCUCAGCCAAGAAACCAUGUGCCUGGCCAAAAGUAGUGUACUAAAGUAGGGAAUAGGGUGCCAUUUGGGACGAAACCCAUGUUUUCUGUGUCCUUCCUCACUAGGCCAAUUAACAUGCCUUUCCUUUCUCAAAGUAUUUGAAUUCAGUCCGAUACAGUACAGGAAGACCCUCUAGUGGAAUGUUCAUAUGUUGACACUAUCGAGGAACAUUAUCAUCAGAUAUUACAUUUACGCCUCUGUCCCCAAUGGUAUCCUAUUCUAACUAUAGUACACUGCUUUGGACCAAGUGCACAAAAAAAAUUAAAUAAUAAUAAUAUAUAUAUAUUAUUAUUUAUUUUAUUAUUAUUUGUAUUUUUGGUGCACUUGGUCCAGAGUAGUGUACUAUAGUUCGAAUAGGAUACUAUAAAUAAAAUGGGUGCCUUUUCAGAUGCACAUUGUAUUUUAUCGUGACAUAUGUUGCCAGCAUUUCCCAAAGUCUUGAACCAGCCCAUUCGGAAAAUGCAAUUUACUUUGUAAUAUGUGUUUUUUGUUGUUGUAUGCGUUGAUGUACAACCUCAAUAGUUUGUAAAUAUUUGUAUGUAUAUUUUUUUGGUCAUAUAUUAGUAAUUUGUUGUGACUGUAUGUUUUAGAUUAUUUUUUUUUUUUUAAACUAGGUUUGUGUUUUUGUUUUGUUUGCCACAUGUGACUCCAAUACAGAUCACUUUUCCACA